AUGAGCCGGCCGCCGGCUCUGCAGGCGCAGACCUGCGGUCCCUGGGAGAUGAAGGAGCGCCUGGGUACCGGCGGCUUCGGCAACGUCAUCCGCUGGCAUAAUAAGGAGACCGGCGAGCAGGUGGCCAUCAAGCAGUGCCGGCAGGAGCUGAGCCCGCGUAACCGUGACCGCUGGGCGCUGGAGAUACAGAUCAUGAAGAGGCUGAACCAUCCAAAUGUGGUGGCUGCCCGUGAUGUUCCUGAGGGAAUGCAGAAGCUUGCACCAAAUGAUUUGCCGCUGCUGGCCAUGGAGUACUGCCAGGGUGGAGACCUCCGCAAGUACCUGAAUCAGCUGGAGAAUUGCUGUGGUUUGCGGGAAGAAGCUAUUCUCAUCUUACUGUCUGAUAUUGCCUCUGCUCUCAGGUACCUUCAUGAGAACAGGAUCAUCCACAGAGACUUGAAACCAGAGAACAUUGUGCUGCAGCAAGGAGAGCAAAGGUUAAUACACAAAAUCAUUGACCUUGGAUAUGCUAAGGAGUUGGAUCAGGGUAGCCUAUGCACAUCCUUUGUUGGGACACUACAGUACUUGGCUCCAGAGCUGCUGGAACAGCAGAAGUAUACCGUUACAGUGGAUUACUGGAGCUUUGGCACACUGGCUUUUGAAUGCAUUACAGGCUUCAGACCGUUCCUACCCAACUGGCAGCCAGUACAAUGGCAUACAAAAGUGCGACAGAAGAGUGAGCUGGAUAUUGUUGUUUCAGAAGACUUAUCUGGAGAAGUCAAAUUUUCUAGCAGUUUACCACGCCCAAACAAUCUAAACAGUGUUUUGGCUGGGAAACUGGAGAAAUGGCUGCAACUCAUGUUAAUGUGGCACCCACGGCAGAGAGGUACAGAUCCUGUGUAUGGGCCCAAUGGGUGUUUCAAAGCUUUGGAUGACAUCUUGAAUUUGAAGUUGCUGCAUGUUCUGAACAUGGUUACGGGAACUGUGCACACCUACCCUGUGACAGAGGAAGAGACUCUGCAAACAGUGAAGGCCAGGAUCCAGCUGGAUACUGGAAUCCCAGAGCAGGAUCAGGAGCUACUGCAGGAGGCUGGUCUUGCAUUGUUUACUCAGAAGCAUACAGCUGAUAGCAAGGUGAACGAUGCUGCAGCUGCAGACACAGACCUCCUCUUCCUCUUUGAUAAUCAGAAAGUUGCCUAUGAGGCUCAGGUUGCCUUGCGACCUCAUCCGGAAAGUGUUGACUACAUCCUUCAGGAUCCAAAGAAGAAUCUGCACUUCUUCCAGCUGCGGAAAGUUUGGGGUCAGAUCUGGCACACAAUCAGGAUGCUGAAAGAGGAUUGUAACCGGCUGCAGCAGGGACAGCGAGCAGCCAUGAUGAAUCUGUUGCGUUACAAUAGUACUCUCUCAAAGAUGAAGAAUUCUAUGGCUUCCCUUUCUCAGCAGCUGAAAGCAAAACUGGACUUCUUCAAAACAAGUAUUCAGAUUGAUCUUGAGAAGUACAAAGAGCAGAUUGAAUUUGGAAUUACUUCUGAGAAGCUGCUCUUUGCCUGGAAAGAGAUGGAGCAAGCUGUGGAACUUUGUGGUCGGGAGGAUGAUGUGGAUCAGCUAGUAAAGAGGAUGAUGGCCCUGCAGACAGAUAUUGUGGACCUUCAGAGAAGCCCACUGGGUCGUAAACAAGGAGGAACGCUGGAGGAUUUAGAAGAACAAGCCAGAGAGUUGUACCGGAGACUGAGAGAGAAGCCAAGAGAUCAGAGGACAAGUGGUGACAGCCAAGAAAUAGUACGGUUGCUCUUACAGGCAAUCCAGACCUUUGAAAAAAAAGUUCGAGUCAUUUAUGCUCAACUCAGUAAAACUGUAGUUUGCAAGCAGAAGGCACUGGAAUUGUUCCCCAGAGUGGAGAAAGUGAUGAAUCUGAUGAAUGAAGAUGAGGAAACAGUUGUAAGGCUUCAGGAGAAACGACAGAAAGAACUGUGGAACUUGCUGAAAAUUGCUUGUAGUAAAGUACGUGGUCCUGUUACUGGCAGUCCAGAGAGCAUGAACACGUCACGUCUUAAUAGCCCUGGUCAGCUGCUGCUGCAGGUCCCUUCCGGAACCUACGCUUUACCAGAAUCUGUCAGGAAAAGUGAGGAGCUACUGUUGGAAUCGCAGAAACUGUGUAGCCAACUAGAAAAUGUGAUGCACGACACAAUGAAGGAUCAGGAACAGAGCUUUAUGGCUCUCGAUUGGAGCUGGCUGCAGCUUCAAGUAGAAGAAAGAAGCAGUCCAGAACAAACCCAUAUGUAAAAUCACUUCAACUGCCUCUAAAGACGUGCUGUCUGAGCGCUCUGUGUGGUUGUUCUUCUACCUUUCGGGCUUUCUGAUGAAAAAUGGACAAGGCAUGCAGUCAAGUUGCACUGUCACUGGUAUAUGUCACCUUCCUAAUACAUCUGAACUGUGAACACAUUUUCUUAGCUUUGCUGAUUUGCACUUUUCUUUUCUUAACGGUUAUAAUUACUUAAUACUUGUUUCCUGUAUGGGAACGAAAUUAUCUAAAGUGUGAACUUUUUGUUUGUUCUUUUUAAGAUACUCAAAACAUUUUAAUGAAAAAGCUGCUUUUACUGUACAGGCCUCUGAAAUGUGAGGUAAAGAUGUUAGCUUGAAGAGCACAGAGAAGCAAAGUGUUAGUGUAUGUUUUGGGAUAAAUGCUUUUUCCAGUUAAAAUUUUAAAGCACUGCAGCACCUCGCCUAUGAGCACUUCUUAGCCUAGAACAGAGAGAGGCUCAGAGGUGAAUUUCAUCAAUGUAUAUAAAUACCUGAAUGGAGUAAGCAAUGAAGAUGGAAUCAGCCUUUUUUUGUUCCAACUGUGACUGAUUUAUUUCAUUCUGUCGUAAAAUGAGAUUUUGCACAACAGCACAGAUCACGUUUUAUAAAAGGGAGUGAAAUAGAGGACAUGCAGGAUAUAGUACAGUAAGGGGAAGAGGUGGAAUAUUCUUCUCCUUUUAAGAACCCAUUUAGAAUAUGAUAAACAAGUGAAAUGUGGCACAAACAUCAGAGCUUCCAUGCAUGCCUUCAAGUAUCUUCUUUUAGAGGUGCUUCUACUCUCUGGACUUCAGUGUUGGGUUAAAAGCGUUCUUUGGAAGAAGUAGAAAGUUCACACUUCUUGAGACUUCAGAGUAAUGUUAAGGCCAAAACAGACCAGGUACACUUUACCUUCAUCUUCCAGAGCACCAUCUCUUGUUUUACUUAAAAAUGCAUUAAGCUUCCAGCUCAAAUCCUAGCCCAACUUUGUGACCUCCAGCACUGAAAUUCUUGCCAUCAAUCAAGCCCGAGAGGGUCAGCUUUACACCUACAAAAGCAAGUAAUGAGAUCCUAAUCUUCCCUUAUAAUGUGUUCUCCCCCCACCCCCUCAAGUGCCUGACGUUCACUAAUGUGUCUUAGUUGCUGUAGGAACUUAUGCACAUACACAGCCUUUACUUCUAUGAAUCUGUAUAAGAUUUCUAGGUAAUUUUCUUUUGCUUGCUUUUUUUUUUUUUUUUGUCAUCUAUCUUUUCUAUUCCAGAGAUAAUAUUAGAACAACACACAAUGCUACCAGUUGAACUUACGUACCAGGUCGAAGAGCAAGAGUGUAACCAAUUCCAAUCAGGCUGGCAUUAUUCACUUUAGCCUGCAGGAAAUAAAAGAAAUCACGUCCACGUAUAAAUAUUCAGACAACCAUCCUGGUGCCCCAGGAAGGUAGCUUACACGUUAAUUCGUCCAGCUACUUGUAGACUAACCUCUAGCAGUGGCAUAUUUCAUUCUGCUUCCGCACAAGUUUCUAGUCAACUCAAUUUCACUACAUGCCUUGAGUUCCAACUGUAACAGGCUUGAGUAAUAGCUCUAAACUUUAAAUUGUGACAUAUAUAAAGGUUCUGUUUAAAGUGGCAACCUUGUUUUUAAUAUAUAAAUGAAUAAGCAACAAAUACAUAAAUAUGGAAACUUUUUUUAAACUAA